AUGAUUUGACAUAUAAUGAUUCUAAGAACACCUGCAAAUCACCUAUGCUACAACAUAGGAAGACGAGCAAAUAUAUUAUCCAACCAAAUCUUUUAUCAUAGUUUCAAAGAAAAAUAUAAUGAAUCAAAUAACAUUAAUUUAGACUUUUUACAUCAAAAUGGUCUUCUACAUGACCAAUUUAGCCUCAAUCAAAUCAUCUCCACUUGUGCAAAAAUGGGUUCUUUUUCACUUGGAAUUCAAACCCAUUGCCAGAUUAUUAAAAUGGGGUUUGAUUCAAAUGUAUUUAUCAACACUGCUCUUCUUGAUUUGUAUGGAAAAUGUGGUUAUGUUAAAGAAGCAGAGCAACUGUUUGAUGAAAUGCCUGAAAGAAAUAUAGUGUCAUGGAAUGCUUUAAUUUCUGGUUAUUUGGACACCCAUUACCCUGAAAAUGCGAUUGUGUUGUUUCUUGAAAUGUUGAGAGAGGGUAUUAGACCGACCCCGUCGAGUGUUUCGGCUGUGUUGGUUGGUUGUGCUCAGUUAGAAGCAUGUGAAAUUGGGGCUCAGUUUCAUGGUUUGAGCUGGAAAGUUGGUUUUGCUUUGAAUCUUGUUGUAGGGACUGUUUUGAUUGAUAUGUAUUUGAAGUGUUUUGAUCUUGAGACUUCGAGGAGAGUUUUCGAUCAAAUGACUGAAAGGAAUGUUAUUACUUGGACAUCAAUGAUUACUGGUUAUGCGCAAUACCGGUGUCCUUUUCAAGCUGUGAUUUUGUUCAGGGAAAUGUUGAGGUUGGGAAUUAGAGCUAAUUGUGUUACGUAUACGAGUUUGUUAAGCUCGUUUUCUUGUUCAGAUUACUUGGUUCAUUGUGAGCAGGUACACAGUCAUGUAAUACAUCAAUGUUGUAAGACUAACCAUUACUUGGUGGUAUCGUUGCUGUCUGCUUACUCAGGUUGUAGCUGUAGCUUAGAGGAUUUCCGUAAGUUGUGUUCUAACGUUGUGAAAUGGGAUGAGAUCUCCUGGAAUGCAGUUAUUUCCGGUUUCUCUAAUUUAGGAGUCGGUGGAGAAGCGUUCUCCUGCUUCUCAAGAAUGAGGUGGGCUGGUUUUACUGUUGAUCAUUACACUUUUGCGAGCAUUUUGAAAGGAAUAGGGAGCAUUUCAGGCCUGGAGGAAGGAAUGCUGAUCCAUUGUCUAGCUCUGAAAACAGGAUAUGCUUCUGAAGUUAUCAUACAAAAUGGGCUUCUUUCCAUGUAUACAAAAUGUGGUAGACUUGAAGAUGCCGAGAAAAUAUUCUCAUCAAUGGAGGAACGAGACCUCAUAUCGUGGAACUCACUUCUUACAGGGUGUGCACAUCAUGGUUAUGGUAGGGAUGUGAUUGUAAUGUUUGAAGAAAUGAGGAGAUGUGAUAUUAAACCAGAUCUAACCACAUUCCUUAUUGUUCUUUCGGCAUGUAGACAUGCUGGCCUGCUCGACGAAGGGCUUAAAUAUUUUGAUCUGAUGAAGAAUGACAAUUCUCUAUCACCACCAAAGCUAGAGCAUUAUGCUUGCAUAGUCGACCUGUAUGCCCGUGCUGGUCAUCUACGUGAAGCAGAGGACUUCAUCAACAAUAUGCCAAUAGAACCAGGACCUUCGGUUUAUAAAAGUCUACUGAAUGCUUGCCAACUACACGGUAAUAAGGGACUUGCUGUGAUUUCUGCCAAGAAGCUUGUUGAACUUUGUCCCAACGAUCCUGCAACGUACGUAUUGCUAGCAAAUGUGUUAGCAUUGGAAGGGAAUUGGAAGGACGCAGAGGGACAGCGCAAGCUUAUGUUGGAUAGAGGAUUGAGUAAGAAACCUGGUUAUAGCUGGCUAUAAUUGACAAUAGGGUGGUAUCAUUACCAAUUGACAUGGUUCCAAUUCUACCGCAGUCAAAAACUUGGUAUUUAAGUGAAGAAAGAUAAACGGUCAGGUCCAUUAUCCACUGAGUUUCCAUUCGUGCACCAUUGGCUCUCGGAGAUUUCUCGAUUAUCUUUUUGUCUCAACAAUUGUAGGCUACUAAAAUUGGAACCAAUCUGUACAUACUAGACUCUCAUUUGAUU